GCUUCCAUACCGUUCUCGGGUGACAGAAGGAGGCUGAUGUGGGAACCAUUUACCAGGCAGGUGUGUGGUUUGAGAGAUCGUGUGCCUCCUCUGCUGCUUGCAUAUUGCUUCCCGUGCAUUGAUCCUUAAUACCAUUCUGAAAAUUCGUGGGUCAGGUAUUCCUGAGAGGCUUGAGAUACUGCAUUUUUUCAAGAAAACUUGGAGCACACCCCGGAAUCCUUUCCUCUCUCCAUCUCGGUUGGGUCCUCCUCAGGUUAAGCAGGGAUCUGUUCCUGUGAACUGUUCAUAAUCUGCACAGUUUGCAAGGUGGAACUGUAGGGGUGAACUAAGUUCUCAGGUAGCAGAGGGCUGGUAUCGAUGUACAUGAAGGCCAUGACCUCCCUGAUAAUGCCAAUUGAGUGUAAUCUGGGCCUCACUGCUACAACGUUGGCCUGAGAAAGGAGACCCACAUUGGUUCACAUCCUUCUAAUACAGUUGGAGGAUUUUGUGAGGAAUUAUUGGUGGUAUCUGUCAAUUCUCUGGUGUCUUCCAUCAGUUGCACAAGUUUGAAUCAAAUCAGAGGGUAGGGAUCACUGCCCCCCAUGUAGAUUAUUUAUUUUGUGCUGGGUUUGAGGAUUUGAUCUUCAUACUCCCUUUUCCUUGAUGCUGCCUGGAUUAGAGGGUGUGAACUAUAAGGAGAGGUGGAACAAACUUGUGAGUUCCUCCAGCAUUUUGUGUGUGUUGCUCAAGAUUUCCAGCAUCUGCAGAAUCUCUUGUGCCUUGGACAAAUUUGUGUUAUUUUCAAUAGGCUGAAGAGAGACCAGAUAGAAGUUUAUAAAAUUAUGAGAAGUGUUGAUAAAGUGGACGGUCAGAAUCUUUUCCAAGAGGAGAAGUGUCAAGUACUAGAGGAGAUGUAUUUAAAGUAAAUUUAUUAUCAAAGUACAUGAAUCUCGAUAUACAACCCUGAGAUUCAUUUUCCAACCCUGAGGUUAAUUUUCCUGUGGGCAUACUCAAUAAAUCUACAGAAUAGUAAUAACUAUAACAGAAUCAAUGAAAGACCACACCAACUUGGGUCUUCAAACGGUGUGUAAAAGACAACAAAUUGCAAAUACAAAAAGGAAAAAAAUUGCAAAAAUAUAAAAAAGAAAGGUGUGAGAGAGAAAAGUUUAAAGGCGAUAUGAGGGGAUAGCUUUUUUUUACAGAGACUGGUAGGUGCCUGGAAUGGGUUGCCAUGGGGAGUAUGGAGGUAGAUGUGAUGGUAUUGUUUAAGAGCCUGGUAAAUAUGCAGGGAAUAGACAGAUAUGGAUCACGAUCAUUGAGUUGAUACUUAGGGGGCAAAAGUUUAAGGGUAAUAUGAGGGGGAAUUUCUUUACUCAGAGUGGUAGCUGUUUGGAAUGAGCUUCCAGUAGAAGUGGUAGAGGCAGGUUUGGUUUUGUCAUUUAAAGCAAAAUUGGAUAGGUAUAGGGACAGGAAAGGAAUGGAGGGUUAUGUGCUGAGUGCGGGUCAGUGGGAUUAGGUGAGAGUAAGCGUUCGGCAUGGACUAGAAGGGCCGAGAUGGCCUGUUUCCAUGCUGUAAUUGUUAAAUGGUUAUAUGGUAUAGGAAGAAGAGAUAUAGUUUAAUUUGGCAUUGUUUUCGGUGUAGACAUUUUGUGCUGAUGGUCCUGUUCCUUUGCUGUACUUUUCUAUGUUCUAACAUCUGCAGGGAAGAAGAAUCAUUGUGAAUCACAGGUCGACCUUCUAUAAUCCGGCACCAUUGGGACUUGAGGAGUGCUGGGUUUCGACAUUAUGACUUACAGUACAUCUCCUUGAUCAAGCCAUUGUGAAUUGAACUGUUUUUUUGAGGACUGAAAAAAUAAUUUCUGAAAAUGGAGUGGGGAUCCUGGAUUUGUUGUGAGAAGAUGGCAGUCCUCCAUGGUGGCUUUCUAUUGGCUGAGAAGAAAAGUGAACAUGGAACGCUUUUGGAAGUGAAGAAAUCUGAUUGGCCUACCUUAGGAAAACCCAUUGUUUGUGCUGUGCAAGAAAUCUGUAUCAAUGAGGCAGUUGUGGGGCAGGGUCCUGGACAAACAAAGCUGUGGCAGAAGAAAGUGCUUGCAUUUGUCUGGGCAAAGCUGCUGAACUCUAAUGCAAAUGUAGCUAGCAUGAAGGAGAAGAUAAAUUCGGAUGCUGGGAGUGACCGGAGAUGGAAGGAAGACCUCUUCUUUUCCGCAGAAGGCAUGAUUCCAGAGAUAAAUCACACUGUGCUGUUUGAGCUGGUAAAAUCAUUGAGGGCUGCAGAAGACUUUGUUAAAUUGCUGUCCGCAUUACCCGCAGACACGUGCCGCCUGGAGAUGACCCGUUUUCUGGAUCACGUUCUUGACGACACUUCUGAUGACGAUGUGGCAGUCUUUCUGGAUGUAUGGUGGGAACUGCUGAAGCUAAAUGAAAAACAGAGGGAUGAAAUUGCUCAGACGUUUGGAGAUGAGGUUAAAAAGUACCUGGCACGGUCAGCUGAAGAAUUCUGCCGUUCACCCAAAAGGCUCAAACUAGACCCUGAUAUUUCUUUGCUCCCCCCAGUGAGCUUGCCUGGAUCCUCAGGCAACCUGUCCAUUGCUCCUCUGUUUCUAGAUGGACUUAAGAGAAUGAAAGCUCAUGUAACACAGUAUGUCUAUAAAUGCUCUGCUAUAGUAAAACUAAUAGACACUUUAUGCAAAUCCCUGCUUUCUGAUAGUGGUGUCGAGCUCUCUGCUGAGGUGUAUUUGCAGAAACUUUCCAGUCUGAUUGUGUUAGGUAAUCCCUUGGUCCAACCAUUUCCAGUUACCACAGAUUUCAUCUCAAUUGUAAAGAAGUCAGUGAGGGAACUGAGAGCCUCCUACCAAAAGUCUGCGUUCCAAUUGCCACAGGCUGAAUUAGCUCCGGGGAUUGAAUUACUUGCAGACAUCCUCCAGUUGUGGGCACCUGAAAUUCAAACUGAGCUGGAGAAUGACAUUGUGAGCGGCCGCCUUGCUUUGUAUAGAACAGUCGAAAGUUUGAAAUACCUAAAUCAAGUCAGCCCAUUGUUUCAAAAUUGCAAGAUGGUUCCUCAAAAUACAAAGGAAAUUCUAUCUGAUUUAAUACUGAGUUCAUCUUCCUUUGUCCAGAAGUUUGAUUCCUGCAUAUUGCCAGAUGAUGCCACUACUGUAGAUAAAGUGAAGAUGUCUGUGGCUUUAAUAAUAAUUGAUAGUAGAAUGGAACGGUUUGAAGAGAUACGUGAAAUAUUUGUGUCAACUCCCAGCUGGGCUUUUUCAGAGUGUGGCUGGCUCGAUUGCCUUGAAAGGAAUAAAGAGAUUUAUCAAAGUACUGUUUCAGUUUUGAAGUUGGCUGGAACACUUACAGAUAGGUCACCUUGUGUGACCACUGAUCCAUCAAAAGUCGAACGAUUAAAGAAUGUGAUUUUGGAUUGCCUGUCUGCUCUCUCAGUCUCAGACAAAAACAAAGCCCUCUUGGGAGUGCUGACUGCCUAUGGUGGCAGGGGCCUCUGUAGAGACGGAGGAGUUGUCAAGGGUUGGUUUGAGGAAGAGGUGAACAUGGUGUUCAAUUGCAUUACCCAGAGUGAGGCGGUAAAUAGCAUUGAUAAAGCUGUGACUGCUGUCGUUAGGGUUGCUUUUUUAAAUCCAGAAGCCACCCUGCAGAAAAUGUGCCGCUUGGCUGCGGUGAACCUGGGUGCUCACAAGCUUCUUGGCCGGAUUUUGAAGAACCUCCCGGCACUGUCGUACAAGGACGAUCAAUCCUCAGAAGGGCUAAAUAUUUUGGCAAAGUGUCUUUUGGAAAUCAGCUUCGACAGUCUCGCCAGCGCCAAGGAGGAACAUCAGUUUCUUGAGUUCCUGACAUUGUUGAUGGAACCUGCAGAGGCCAUUGAUCAGGAACUCCCAAUUCCACUUCUUCAGCCCGCAGAUGUUGUAAAGAUGUUUGUUCUUCCUUAUUUGACAGGAGGCGACUCCAAGAUCAUGUUUCCUCUCAAGGUUCUUAACGGUGCUUUAAAAAUGUCUGCAACUGACGAUGGAACCAAGGAGCACUGGCUAUUCGGCUGCUGCCCGUUUCCUCUCAUUUAUGCCCUUUCUCAGCUCCUGGACAGCUGCAUCUUGUGCUGGGAGGACAAUAGUACUAAGGCAUCCGAUCAUGUUUCAAUAGAAACAAAGGGUCUCCUAACUGAGACAUUGGAAAUGGUGUGCGAUGCCGUUGAGCAGAUCAUUUCUGUAAAUCCGGAGAUGUGGUCAACCUCUGUUUGUUGGCUGUACAGGAAAACUGAGCAUUUGGACUGGACUGUGCGCCUUUGGUUAAAAAGCAUCUUUGGGGGACAUUUUAAAUAUGAGGUACCUGCCACGUUGUUUGAGGUGUGCGACCUUUCUGAUGAUGGUUGGUCGCCACUCAACCUUCCACAGUAUGGUCCAGGCACUGGGCUUCUGGCCUGGAUGGAGUGUUGUAGUGUUUCCACUCACAUGAUGGAGCAGAUGUUAUCCCAUCUUGUAAUUGAUGCAAAAAAUGAUGAGGAAGUCAACAUGUUCACGAAGGGCUUUCUAAUUGCGCUGAUCCAGCUCCUGCCGUGGUGCAGUUCAGGUGAAUGGAAACGUCUCAACCACGUUGUGAAGAGCCUUCUACAGCGCGAGUUACUUCACGUGCCGUUUACUCUGGAAUACGUUCAUUACCUGCCGCUGCUUAACCUCCGACCUUUUGCACAUCACUUGCAGUUCUCUCAACUCCUGCUCCGAGCCUUUCAGCUGAUCUGCAGUUGUAGCUGCUCUGACUGGCUUCCGACAUCAGGGUGGAAGUACGUAGCAAGGCAGUGUGCCAGCAGCGUGACAGACAUUUUAGAGUCGGUUAAGUGCAAACUCAGAGGACUUGCGGCUCAGAAUGUUGACGGGAAUCAAGAAGCCAGCUUUGUAGUUGUGCAACUUUUUUGUCAUGUAAUUCAUAUUAUGGUGAUGAUGCCCUCUGGGACCUCUGAUUGUAUGUAUUAUGUAUCCUUGGAACUGCUUUCUCAGUAUGAGACCCUGGUGUUGGGCAAUACCUCUACUACUGGGUUACUUAAGAAGAUCAAUGAAAAACACUUCCUCCAUUCCAUUGCAGAGAAUCUGGUCAGUGAAGAACAGCGUUCAGUUUUACUACAGAAAAUCAGUAAAAUAUGUUGAAAUGACUUUGAUGGUAAUUUGGUUAUCAUAGUGCUUGCCAUUGUUAAGAAUUUAUCAUUUGAUCAAAAUAAAACAGAUUUUUUUUAUCCUA